AAGUUUCUUGUGAACAAAGGCAUAAAACCAGCGGAUAUCUACAGAUGGCUUCAAGUACAGUACGGCGAUGAGACACUCAGCCGCAGUAAGACAUAUGAAUGGCAUAAACAUUUCAAAGAUGGCCGUAUGUCCAUCAGUGACGAUCCCAGUUGUGGUAGUUCCCACCCCACAGCAGUCAUUCCUGUGAACACUCCACGUGUGGAGCACCUGAUCCUGGAUAAUCGACACAUAACCUGUUGUGAAAUUGCACAAGAGACAAAUCUUUCUGUGGGAAUGGAGAACACAAUCAUUUAUGAAUGUCCUUGGAUGGUU